UUGUGAAGAUUUUUCUGUCAGACAGCCUUUCAUUUGUGUCGUUGACUGGAACAGACGCACGAAAAAGCGAAAACUACCAAAACUACCCUGGGCGUGCUUUCCUCCAUAAGAUCAACCCACUUUCCCAUUUUGAGAAUGCUUUUUUUUUUUUUUUGCAAUACAUGACGUGAAGCAUUUCUUCGCCCAUGACCCAUAAGAGAAACCUGUUUCCGCCUGGUGCCGUCGAGGAAUAACCAGCAGGAUGGCCCGACAAUGGAUGAACUGUGGGAUCAACCAUGCUGCGUUUGCAUAUGCCAUGACUACACUGGGGUCAUCCAUGAUCAACAAUAUUUUUAGCUUCUACUAUGUCAAACUCUUUUUGAACAAGUACAGUAUAUCUGAGGCAGCCUUCCACCAAUCACAAGUGGUGUACAUGGUGUGGAAUGCUGUCAAUGACCCUCUGUUUGGUUACCUGCAAGAUAACUCCAGGGUGCCUUGCUGUUCUCAGCGACGUCUCUCCAUCCUUUAUGGCGCUCCUCUCUACUCGCUGUCCUUUCUCAUUGCCUGGUUCCCUUGGAGCACCUACUCUAGUGGUGACUGGUUGAGUGGCCUACAUCUGACAGUGGCGCUGUGUGCCUUUGACGCGCUGUUGACUUUUGUGCUGCUCGCACAGUGUGCCUUAUUUGCAGAGAUUUCAAGCAACCAUCAUAAUCGUUUAAGACUUAUAAAAUACAACCAGCUGGCUUCUCUAAUUGGGUCCUCCAGCGUUCUUUUCUGUGGCAUGGUGUCGACAAACAUGGAAAACUUCAAAGCUUUCCAGGCAUUCAAUGUGCUCAUUGCUAUAAUUAGCUGCAUCUGCAUGAUGUACACUGGUGUUUACAGCAAAAGCCGCUUUGAUAGCAAAAUGUACGAGUUAGUUGAUCAAGAGUGUGCCGACAAGGGGGCAAGUAAAGCGGCGUGCUCCGUCUCCAUGUUGAAGGCGCUGACAUGGCAGAUUCUCACCAACAGGGACUUCCAACUGUUUGUGGUCAUGAACUUCUUCCAGGUGUUCAUGUUGGCUUUCUUUAAUAACUUCACCAUGAUAUUCACUGAGCACCUGAUUCCCCCAGAUGCGCUUCCAUCGCUAGCCAAGAGUUUCAUGUAUGGAGCAGGAUUCAUCUUACCACAGCUUUUGGUUUUGAGUAGUCAGAGUUUACUGCAAAGUCUUGGCUACUACAAGAUCAUCCUCUUCACAUUUAUUUUCGAGGCUGGGAUGGCAGUCCUCAUGUUGAUGCUUGGUCCUCAGCGUUACUACUUCUUGGCCUUUUUCCUCACUAUAAAUAUGGUUAUAAUCCAAGCAGCUUUCAGUCUCUUUGGCUUGCCUUUGGCAGACAUUAUUGACAUGGAUUUGCAAAAAUACAAACGCAGCUCCCCUCUCUCCUCCAUGGUGUUUGGAACAAAUGCUCUGUUCACCAAACCAGCUCAGUCUCUGGCUCCCAUGAUAGUCCUCAAUAUCUUGAACCACUUUGGAUAUGAGAAGCUGAAAGAUGUGGGCCAGGAGCCGAAUCAAAGUGCUUUGGAAAGUCUCCACAGUGUUAUGUUCUACUUGGUCUGUCUGAUACCCAUGUGUGUCGCCAUUCUGCAAGUUCUGGCUUGGAGGCCAUUUUCCAUCCGCAACAGUCACACAGUUGAUUCCAAGUACAUUGACACCUAAUAUCAGUAUCCUCAAAGUGUAAAAGAUGGUUUCUUUUGACUGCUGAAGAUUGGCACCAGCAUUCCUCACAACCCCGGAAAGAUAAACAUGUUAGAUAACGGAUGAAUAGAUGGUUUCUUUUUGUUGGUGUUUGGGGGCCUCCUUAAUCAAUCUUGCUAAAAUGUAUGUAUUUUUAUUGUGAUAGAUGAUGAGGGAAACAUGGAAAAAGUGCAUUCUCUUUAAAGACAUAAUAAGGUAAUAAUUUAACCUUUAAAAGGUUUUGACGUCUAAUGACAGGUGCUGGUCACACUUGCUGCUAAUCAGUUAGUUGCUGCUUCGCCUGUUGAAUCUUACAAAAGCUGAAAGGGUUUAUGUCGGCUUCCGUUUUGGUGUUGCUUUUCUUAAAAACUGGAGUCUGAUGUAUGUUUUGCACACUUUGGAUAUGUAAAUUAUGCUAGGAGCUGAUACAGACCAGAUCAACAAACAGGCUGUACUUUCUUUCCCUGUGAUUAUAACAGUUUUCAGUGAAAUAAUAUUGAGUUUGAUAGAAAUCAAACUUUUCUUAAUAUUUAAAAAAAUAAAUAAAUAAAUCUAUCAAAGAAGGACAACUGCCACUCAGGAUUUCCAAAAUCCAGUGUCAGGUUUCUGCCAGCUGUGGUUUAAAAAUAAGAUGCGUAUUAACUAACUAUGACUUUAAAUAAUCUGUCCUACUAACCCAGUCAUAAUUCUAGGUUUAUGCUUGAAGAAACGGAAUAAAAAUGUCUGCUGUACAACAUCUGGUAAGAAAAUAAAAUUCACAAUCAGGUACCUCACCCACACUUUUUAAGGAAAAUAUCACUUUUUAUUUUAGUCUGAGAAAAGAGUCCAAUGCUUUAAGUCGACAGAGCAAAAUAACUCAACAGAACAACUGUAUAAAUCAAACUAAUUUCGUUGCCAAAGAAAUGCAUCUUGAAAUGUUUUUGAGUUUACAAUCCAUAACUUAUCAAAUGUUUUACCUUCACACUUUUACAGUCACAUUGCAGGUUUGGUCUUCGUCUUACUUCCAUUUUAUACCCUAACAUAAAACUAAAAACUGUUAUUUUAAGUUUCAUUGAAAGCUAUGCAUUCAUAAAAUGGAAAAUUAGUAGAUUUUGUUUUACUUAUGUAGGCUCUGAUAGCUAUAUUCUGUUGAAGAAAAUGCAUAUAAACAAUGCAAGUUACUUUUUAUAAUAAAUGACAGUGAGCUCAUUUGCAUGUUAUAUUGACAACACACUCCAGCAUGUGUGUAAAAAUAGGUUAAUCUUUAUUCACCUUGAAGAAACUGAAUAAAAAUGCAAAAAACCUUUAUGAAUAUAACAUACAAGUGAAAUUAUGCAAUGCACGGUUUCACAGGAAAACAAAAGUUUAGUAGAAAAUGUCACAGUGAUUAAAAAUCAAUUUCAGAAAUAAAAAUUAAAUACCAGAUUUAAUUCAAAAAUGGAUUAGAACCAUUAUUUUGUAGGAAACGUAUAUGUCAAAUGAAAUUUAUGCUUAUUGACUCCGUGUUGUGUAUGCAUAUGAAACUUUAAAAGUACACUGGACUGGAUGCUUCAGAGCUGAAUUGUUAUUGACUAAUAUAAACUGAUGCAAUAAAGAUGAUACAGUAUUUGCUUAUCUUAUAAUGCCAAUAUCAACCUGUUCUGAUUUUAUCAUUGUGAGGUAUUUAUAAAGAGGUUUUAAACAUGUUUCUAAUUUUAAACUCGAUUCUUAAAGUAGAAAGCAAAAUUCCCCAAGGUAAUCAUUUUUUUUUUCUUUUGUUUUAUGUACAAAGAGCCAGACUUCCUGGUGUGUCUCUAUAGGCAACAGCUCCUCUGACUGAUAUGCUAUCGUUCAGCAUAUGAACCAACCAAGUUUGAUGCCAACAACCUGAUUUUGAACACCAAAAUAGACAAAUUAUUGUCAUAGUCCAGUACUAUGUGACACAGAGGGAACAUGGCGUGUAACCAGUUUUAAGUUCUCAAAGCGAAAGUUAAACCAAACCUUCCACUGAAACUCCUGAUCUUAUGACAAAUGCACAACAGAAAGCAUUUUAAAGAACAGCAUGAAAUAUUCGUAUUGCAGCAGCACCAGACUAUUAAAGGAAAAAGGGUAGCACUUUAUUUGACGGGUUGUGAAUAAGACUGUCACGACAACGUCAUUAACAUGACAUAACAUCUGUCAUAAAGUGUCAUUCAGUAAAUCAUGACACUUAUUGACAUUAUUCAAAAUGUCUUCAUUAUGACAACUUGUCAUUAAGAAUUCAUGAUCUGACAUAAAUUUGUUAUAUAAGUAUAACUGAUUUAACUUUAAAACUUAUGUAGCUUUAUGUUAUUAAAGCUAAAGUUUAAUUAGUAAGCAGUGUCUGACUUCAUUAAUGCACUUCUGGAAUAAUGAUUAAAAACAAUUUUCAUGAACAAACUCCUAAAUCUGCAAUUGAAAUGGGACAUCAUAAAAGUUCAUAUUAAAAGCAAGUGACCAAAACUUUUUGUAAUACAGUGUCAAUCAUUUACAGAGCGUGACAGGAUUUUUAAGAUUCACAAAUUGAAUUUAAAAAAAAUAACAAAUCAACCUUACAACAAAAUAUGAGACUGGCAGAGGAUCUUUGCAUUGCACAGUUGAAAUAUUUUUAUUUUACUAAUGUUUCUAUUUAAAACCACCUAUUUCAUGUGCCAUGUUCAACUUUUGGAUCUAUGUUGAACGCUUAAAAGAACCAUUUCUCAUUUAAUCUUCCAGGCUGUGCUGCAUAAAUGUCUCCAAUUACAGCUCAAGAAUAAACUUGCAAGGGCUAGUUCAUCUGAGCAGAAAGUUUGAACAGAACUCUGGAAAGAGACAGUCAAUGUGACGCUGCUGAAAACACUGAGACAGCAUCAUUACUGUGCAGUAAAUGACUCAUUUCAUUGGUAAGCUUGAGCAAAGGGCCAACCAGUCUCCUGACUCAUUUGGGUUUCUAUUUGCAACAGAACAGUCGCCUCGAACACAUGUUUCAUAGCUUUGUAACAUCCUCCUGAAGCUGUUAUCUAACAGGGUGAGAAGACCAUCAGACAUUUUGGUAGAUGUCGUCGGUAGAGAUGUUGCCGUCUGCACUUACUGCCUGGAAAGACAUUAACACAUUUCUUUUUACUGUUUAAACCUAAUGCAACAGCAGAUGUUAUUGCAGUGUUUCUGUUGAGUAAUUUUGACACUAAUUUGCUGCAACAGAAUUUACCCCAACUUGGGAACCAUUUCCUCUUGCGCUUUGUUUCCUUUUGCUCACAGUCGACCUGCUGUGGAGUUCUUGCAGUACAUCUCUAAACUGUGUUUUCUUCCUUACGCUAUUCUGCUGAAAAAUGUUUCAAAUGAUCAACAGAACAUAUGCAGAGGUUAAAUUUUCUUACGUGCAUUUAAAGGUAUGUCGAGGGUUGCAGUCGUGGUGUUUCGAGAGCUAGGGAUUUACUGCGCCUUCGAUUUUGUUCCUCUUUUUACGUAUGGGCUUUUCCCUCCAUUUCAGUUUACACGUAGUUUACACAAUAGAAACGCAAUUUAAAAAAGAGACUUCAAUUACCAUUUCGGUUUUAGGGCUCUUUUUGCCGAAGGUCAAGUUACAGUCACGCUGAAAACAGAAAAAUAAAAAUUUAUUGCAAACUUUCA